AUGGAGGUUAAUUAUGCAAGGAAACGUCAAGUCAAUGGGGGUAACGUUACAAGUGGAGGAAGAAAUAACUUUGUUCAAUUUCAAAAUUCAGGGCCAGACUCAUACUUUCCCCAAUACAAGUUACAGAAAAGUUUUAAAGAUGGCAGAGGCCUGUCUCCACCUUUCAACUCAUUGUCAGACUCUCUGCUGAAAGACUAUUCACCACUACCUGAUACAGUUUGGCCAGCUCUGGAAGACAACUGUAAAUCAAUGGAUUGUCCUCGAAGCACGCUUAAUAACAGUAACUGUGGAAGUGAAGCUGAUCUUUAUGGAUUGGUGUCAAACAUCUUGGAUGAACCAGAUUCGAUGGACCCAUACUCAUACUUUUCCGAGAACAGGGCAUCUAGUCUGAAAGGCGUGUGGUCUCCUAAAUUAUUGAGAGAGGACAGUUUGCAGUACUUCAAUAAUGAUGAGGUGCAGAUGACAUCCAGCUCUGGCUUCCCGUCAAACCAGAUUUAUCCUAAACCAAUCGGCAGAGAACCUCAUGAGUGGGCAGAACCUCAGAAUAUCAAUGGUUUUUAUUCUUCCACACCCUACCAUUUCUCCUCCUGUAAUGGUGAGGCUGAUGCCUAUUUUUCCCCAUCUCAAAAUCUUCCUCAUCCCCCAGGCCUAACCGCACCCUCAGCAUUAAGCUCUUACAUUACGAAACCUGAGUAUAUAACACCUGAGAAGGAUGAAGGAUACUACAGCAGCACUAACUGCCUGUCUGACUACAUAAGUGCAGUCAACAACUCCUGCCACCCUCCAGACAGAAUGGAUGGCUCCUUUUUCAGGUCCCCCCAUGCCUUUUCAGCUGUGAGCAAAGAAAAACUGAGAAAAGAUGAAUCCUUCUCUGUGCAGGAUAUCGGUAAACAGGCCUUUCUUUUAACAGAGCAGGAUGGUGACUUCAGAGAUUCAGGCCAGAACGGGCUUCUGGUCCAGAGGAAUCAUGAGGAAAUCAUAGCAGAACAGACAAGUCGUCCAUACCAAAGCAUAUCAGACUAUAUUACUCAGAUGCCAGAUUUUAAGAGAGAGAUAACCCGCAGCCACGUGGACCAAAUGAGAGCUGAUGUAGGAGGCAAAAAGAUGUUUUCACAGAGUUAUUUUCCUACAAAUGAAUUUUUGGGGUUCGGACAACAGCCACCUAAAGUUUUUUUGCCGACCCUGAACCCAAACAAAGAAGCCAACCAGAUAGGAAGUGGUACAGCACAAACUAGUGUAAAUCAGUUCCAGCAUGCUCUGUCAAAUCACUAUCAAAGCCAAACCAGGAUCCCAAGUAAAACCAGCAAUAACCUUGAAUCACAGGGGUUAGCAAAGCUGAUGUCUCUGUCUGGGGUUGUUCCAUUACUUCCUUCUCAGCAGCUGUUCCAGUCCACAGCAAGAGUCCCAAAUAAUUUCAGUCAUGGGAGUGGAGAGAAUCUACAGUGCACGAUAAACCAAGGCGGUCUGGACGGUUUAAGAAAUGGAGUAGGAAAUAUGGACAUUUCAGACUAUGAUCUCCUAGAGAAAAAGUCGUCGGCAGGCUCCAUGGUUGAUGGCCGUUUUACACAGCAAUUUGGAAUGAAGUCCAAACUUCCGGCUGGUUUUCGUAAAGAAGCUGACAAGAAACCAGGACUCCAGAAUCCAUUUCAGGGGGUGGGCAAUGUGUACACAGGACAGGUUGGACAUAUUAGAGCUGGUUCAAACGCAGCCAAACCCACACCAUCACAACUUUUCCCUUUCCUGUAUCAGAUGGGUGAUCCUAGAAAAAAUGCCUUCUACCCGAUGCACUCGCAACCUCCUCUGCCCUACGGCCCUGUGCCCCACGCUGACAUGAAUGAACAUCUUGCAGAUGGAGAGAUUUCACCCCUCAGACCCUACAUGCAAGAAGUUAGUGUGCCGAGCCAAGUGUCGGGGGAUGGGUCUUUUCCUGGGUUUCUGUUUGCUAUGAGUUUACCUAAACUUGGCAAAGAACUCGGAAGCCCCAACAGUCAGCUACACUAUUAUCUGGAGGAAUGUUAUGAGCAGUGGAGGAUGCUGGAAAAAGAAAGAAAGAAAGCAGAAGCUGUUCUUAUUAAGAGUUAUCCGGGAAAACGUGUAUCUGUCGUGACCAGUAGUGCGUUACCCAAAAUGCCUCCAAAUCCCACAAGAGUGGACAGACUCAUUGUAGACCAGCUGCGAGAACAUGCAAAGGUGGCUGCUUUGCUAGGGAAGAUGGAACAGUUGCGUAGUUUUCCACUUCAUGCCAAUAUCAGCUCAGCACUGGACAGGCAUCUUGAGUUCAUCUACACCACGCAGGCACGCCGCAAAGAUGAAUUCAUCAAUGCUAGCAGCAGACAGAGGCAGCCAGCGGCCUUCUUUAAAGAAGAAAGGGAGAUACUUCUGUUGGCAUCUGCAGUGAAGGACCUGUGCGGCAGCACCAGAAAGGCCCGCACUGCUCUCUGGUGUGCUUUGCAAAUGACUUUGCCCAAGAUGAGCCGUUACCAAGAAGAGAAACAAGAGAAAGGUUCCCGCUCCCCUGUUGGGCAAGACAGUCCUGAACAGAGCAGCUUGGAGAGAGCACAAAUUUCCCUGUGA